ACUUGGUUACAACAUGUGAAUGCACCUCAGGAGAUAUUCAAAAUUUGAUUCCUGUUUGAUUUGGUUAGGCAGGAAAAUUGAUAUUUUUGUUACGAUAAUGUAAGUAUUGUUCUUCGUUUUAAAAAUUCAUGAAAUUAAUCAAUACUUACCAACGCUAGUCGACCAACGAAGUAAGUUUUUCAAGCAAAUUUCUAUUCAACGGUAGACGUACACUGGCAGACAACGGAGUGAUAAGUAAACACCCAUCAAAUACCCAUCACCAUACGGCUACGAUAGCGUAACGAAGAGGAAAAUUAUUUCAGCACGUUCGUGUAGUUAUCAAUGAAAUUCAAGUGCUGGUAGCGGUUUUUCGGCGCGUUCAAAAGACUUGAAAAUUCACCUUAAUUUAACAAUGUGAUCCAGGUAUGCUUUAGAAUAUUAGUGAUACAUCGCAGCUUUUCAGAAUGAAGCUGAGAAGAAAUUUCCUACCAAGUAAUGUCGGCGACUGGUCCAGCUUCUUAUUCAUCGUCGUAAUCAUACCAGUCUUCUUCUGGUUCGAGCUUUUUAUCGUUUUACCCGAUUUUUACGAUUACUCGUCGAUAUGGUACUGGAUCCAUUUCGUAAUUGGCAGCUUCAUCAUGAAGAAUAUCACGAGUAACUUGUUAGCAGUGAUGUUCAUCGAUACCAGUAUUUUUAGCAUUUCGAUUCCGAUGGAUAAAUGCAUAAAUUGGCAAUUUUGUGAUACUUGCCAAUUACCUAUACCUCCUCGCUGUUGGCAUUGUAACAUUUGUAAUAGAUGUAUUCUCAAAAGGGACCAUCACUGUACAUUUUCAGGCUGUUGUGUCGGGCAUUUCAAUCAUCGAUUUUUCAUUAUGUUCUUGUCGUACUUCUUUGUAGGAUGUUGUUACGCUUUAUAUUUCAACUUGUUUUUUAUAUUGUCUAGAGUAGAUUUCGAUUAUCAUAGCAUUUUUCAAAUUGUUUUCCCAAUGAUGUUAAUUUUACUGGGAAUCGAUAAGGCCUUAAAUCACUGCCUAGUUAUUAUGUUGGUUUUAAACAUCGUAGGCUGUACUAUUACUGGAAUAUUAUUGCAUUUUCAUUUGAAACUUAUUUAUAAAGGUACCGUUUCUUACGAGUACACUAAAGAUAAUACUCGUUAUGAUUUAGGAUUAAAGAAAAAUAUAAUUCAUUCUUUGGGUACACGUUGGUAUUUAACGUGGUUAUCGCCUUUUGUAGAUUCUCCAUUGAUUUUUGAUGGAGCUGACUGGAGUGUCGAUGUACUUAAAACUAAGGCUACAUGAGUUAAUCUUUCAUACUACUUAAGCACAAACUAAGUCAUUAAGUUUCUAAAUUUUUUUCUUCAAUUAUUUAUAUAAGUAAGUUUUGUUACUUUUCAUUACCAGUUUAUUCGAGUCGCGUGUAUUUUUUAAAUAAAAAAUUUCUCUCGUUUGAA